UCUCAGGAGGGAUGCACUCUUAUGUAUGAUGGAACAGGCUCUAAAGGCAUGUACCCUGUGGAGCUAAUGGCUGAGGAUUUCCCAAGGAAAAUGGUGGUUCUGAAAUCCAGGGCCAGGAUGCAAGAGAUUCACCCAUACAACGCUUCAGGAGGGGAAUGGAUUGAAGCCCUGAGCUCUGUCCCUCUGCAGUUCACCUUAAUAGUGGAUAAACCAGUAGAGGAUUGUCCCUUUGGGAUCAGAAGGCCGAUGUUUAUCAGCCCAACCCCAGACAAUGGGGACAGGAUCAACGUGCUGCCAUAUGAGGAUGUUUCCUUUACAGUGACAAGUGUCAGCGCAGGAGAAAGGAUGGCUGACUUGCAGGUUCUGGGUCCCCAUGGACUGCACAUGUCAGGCCUCUGGAUGGCAGAUGACCUUCACACUGUGUCUGCAAAUGUCACCUGGGAAAGCAGGAAUGCCAACAGACCACGCCGGAUUUCUGUGUGCUUCGUGGCCACUACGUUGUCAGGGUUACAGUCUGAGCUCAGAUGCAUUUGGAUUGUGCACAAAUCUGCUGAUUCUCCACUGGGCACAGUUCUGCUGUGUCUCGAGGAUCGAAUGCAGCUCUCUGUUCCCCGAUCUAGUUUAGGAGAUGUGCAAGAAAGCGAUCUGCAAAGGAGUAACCCUGAGUGCCUGGUCAGCAGCAACAGCACGCACCUUCUGGUAGAGAUCCCACUCGUUGGGGGUGGAACCAGGGAACAGGGAAACCCAUCUUUCUUCACCUUCACCAAUAGAAUAGUUAGUCAGCACAGAGGAGUGUCAGCACCUGCAUUUAAGAAAACCCUUGCCAUCCCAGUGAGCUGCAAAUACCAACAAGAGGAGACUGGCAGCACCUACUGCCCCUUUGCAAGCCUGGAAGAUCAAGGAUUUGGCAAUGUCAGCUUUGACAUUAGGUUCAGCAGAAAGACCUCAGAUGGGAUGAGACUGCUGAAGCGGGGGGCUUCUAUUAAUGCCAGUGUCAAUGACCAGCUAUUUAUCAGCGUGUCAGCUAAGAGUGACCUGGCUGAUGCCCACUUGAUUGUGCAGUCCUGUCAGGUGCUGGGCAACCAGGACUCUUCCAGUGGCUUCUUCAUCAUACAACAAGGUUGCUUGAAUUACAAGGCAGCCAAAGAAGUGAGUUUGGAAGACUCCAAGGACAAGGUUUACAGCCUCAGGCUUGCCUCCAUAGCAGACGUGGUUUCUGAGGUGUUUGUAACUUGUGAUGUGAAGCUAUGCUGCAGCCCAAGCAAAUUCAGGCUAUGUUCUUCAGGGUGCAAGUCCUUUAAAAGCCAAAAUGCCCUGAGCAAGAUGCUGGAGACAAAGAUCUAUCAGAUCAGUGCUGGGCCCAUCCGGAUCAGCAAGAGCCCCUCCAGUGGUACCAACCACACUGCCUUGGUGGUGGGUGUUGUGCUGGGAUGCACAGUGAUGUGUGUUGUCUUCCUGCUGGUGAAGAAGUCCUUUGUGGGAGUGCCACACAGGAAUGUGUCCUUAAGAACAUAGGACCAUUGCCGCAAAGGGCCUCAAAGGAAUUAGGAAAUUUGAGAAGACACCUUUGCCCUUUCCUCAUUCAGAUUCACCACUGUAAACAUCUCAGCUACAAGUAAAUUGUGAAAGGCUUCAUGAUUCCUGAUAGAGAACAGAGAACAAAAUAUUGGAUAAAAACCCUCUUUUGUAGAAGCCAUCCAGCAUACAGAGCUGGAAGCACAGCCCAUGCUCUUGGUAACUAGCACUGGUGGGCUAGUGGGUAGUAAGGGCUUGCCCACUUUGUGGUUUUAGUAGGCUAAAUUCAUUGCCAGCAUGCACCAGGGACUCCACCCACUCUCCAAAGUUGCUACCCUCACAACCCUCUUUAUUUCAGUGAUUGCCUGUAAUUCUCCCUCCCCGCACAUCUCUCUUCAUGCCAAUGCCUUUGUGUGCCCUCUUUUCCGUCAUACCAAAUCCUUUUCCCCCCCGACAUCAAGGUAUGACAGGGGGCCUGUGUUCACUCCCUUCCCUUAUUCAGUGUUGAGCUGUUCAACUCAAAUGGACAGAAAAUAGAUGAGCAUUUCUGUUAAGUGUUAAUGCCUUCUUUCAUCAAUCAUUUUUUUUUUUUUUUGCUCAAAAGGCAAUCACACAACUGACUAAAGCAGUCUCUGAUGGCAAGUGCUCUAUCUGCUCCAUAUUUCCCUCCAAUUCUCUGCCCCCCUCACCAAUUAAGGUUCUGUUCAUUAACCCCUUCAACAGUCCCUGAAACUACAGAACCACGCACUAAGAAUUACUACACUGUAUUUCAACAAAUACCAUCAAAUUUUCUGAGCUAGAAGGCCCUGCACACAAGGCAACACUCCCAGGUUCUUGUAAAUCAGUCCCAAGAAUUGAAGAUGUCUGCCCCUCCAAGCAGGCAGUCACGCAUCUUGUUCUAGGAAAUAACUUCUCCUGAACUUAAAAAAAAAAAAACAUGGCUGAAGAUAGCAAGAAGCGCACAAUAUUGGAAUUUGUGGGAUUCCAUAGGAUUUUUAAAUGCUUUGGAAAUUCAGGUGCUGGGCCGUUUGCUUGGGGCAUGAGUUCUGACUUAUGUAUGCACCAUGGCGGGGAAUACGAAGAUCACAAUCAAGUGACACAAGAGUGGUUUAUGUUCUGGAAUCCCUGUGGACAUUGGUUAAAAAUAAAGUGAAAACCCAAACACUUCAGUUCCAGCUCU